GGGGCGGGGCCGGCGGCGGGGGCGGAGGCAGCCACCGUUCCCGCCGUGGCAUUCUGGCGCAACGCCAGCGCGACGACCGCUGCCUACCAGCCAGGCCCGACGUCCGCCAGGCCCGAGCGGCGGAGCGAAGCGGUCCCCAUCUCGAUCUCCGCGGGGUUCAGGCAGGCCGUCCCGCCGAGCAGCGCCUACUGGAACCGCCGGCUGCACGCCCUCCUGAAGCUGCUGGACUCGGGCGGGAACGUCACGGAGAGCGAGGCCCUCGGGUGGGCCGGCUGCGGCACCACCAGCACGGAGAUGCUGGUGACCAACAUCCAGGAUUUCGGGUCCUACCCGCCUCUGUACCAGGGCUUCCUGCAGGGCAUGGAGUGCCGGGACCCCCCCGUCCUGAUCGACCAGCCGGACAAGUGCGCCUCGGACGGGCGGAAAGGGGACAUCUUCCUCCUCCUCGCCAUCAAGUCCGUCCCCCGGAACUUUGAGAGUCGGCAGGCCGUGCGGAAGACCUGGGGGCGGGAGGGGGAGUACGAGGGCGGGCUGAGGGUGCGCACCGUGUUCCUUCUGGGGCGCUCCCCGCCGGAGGACCCGGACCUGGAGGCGCUGCUCACCUUCGAGGCGCGCUACUACCGGGACGUCCUGCAGUGGGACUUCCGGGAGUCCUUCUACAACCUGACGCUGAAGGACAACGCCUUCAUGGGCUGGGCCGCCCGGCGCUGCCCCGGGGUCGCCUUCGUCUUCAAGGGCGACGACGACGUCUUCGCCAACACGCCGGCCAUGCUGGCCUACCUGCUCUCCCUGGAGCCCGCCAGGGCCGCCGCGCUCUACGCGGGCCACGUCGUCGCCAAGGCCAGCCCCUUCCGCGACGCCAAGAGCAAGUACUACGUCCCCGUCAGCUUCUACGAGGGCGCCUACCCGGCCUACACCGGAGGGGGCGGGUUCCUGUUUUCGGGCGCGCUCGUCCGGCCGCUCCUGGCGGUCUCGCGCUUCGUCCCCUUCUUCCCCAUCGACGACGUCUACACGGGCAUGUGCUUCCAGGCCCUGGGCAUCGCCCCCGCCGGGCACGGCGGCUUCCAGACCUUCGACAUCCGCGAGCAGGACCGGCAGAACGCCUGCGUGCACCGGGGCCUGCUCCUGGUGCACCGGCGCAGUCCGCAGCAGACGCUCAGACUCUGGAAGGACAUGCACAGCCCCCUGCUCACCUGCUGACCUGGCGGGACCCCGGAUCUCCUCCCCUUCACCCCCCCCUCCCCUCCGGGACCCAAGUUCUCCUCCCCUUCACCC